CACGUCACAUCCGCAAGGAGGUCUAGGUCCAAAAUGGCGGCUUCAGCGGGCGCCUCCGCGGCUCAGAGUAGCACCAGGGAUGAGGCAUUUGAGACGUUUUAUACAGAGGUGAAGCAAAUUGAAAAGCGAGACUCUGUACUGACAUCCAAACAGCAGAUAGAGCGGUUGUUGCGGCCCGGCUCGACGUAUUUCAAUCUGAACCCGUUUGAGGUCUUACAGAUCGACCCAGAGGCCACCGAUGAAGAGAUGAAGAAGAGGUUUCGCCAGUUGUCCAUUUUGGUCCAUCCGGAUAAGAACCAGGACGAUGUAGACCGAGCACAGCAGGCCUUCGAAGCGGUCGAUAAGGCGUACAAGCUGCUUCUGGAUCCCGAGCAGAAGAAAAGGGCCGUGGAUGUGAUUCAUGCAGGAAGAGAAUACAUCGAGCAUAAUAUGAAUCAGAAGAGGAAGCAGUUGAAGAAAGACGGCAAGUCCACAGUGAUCGAGGAGGAUGACCCGGAAGUGUUCAGGCAGGCUGUGUAUAAACAGACCAUGAAGCUGUUUGCCGAGCUGGAGAUCAAGAGGAAGGAGAGAGAAGCCAAGGAUAUGCACGAGAGAAAAAGGCAACGAGAGGAGGAGAUUGAAACACAGGAGAAGGCGAAGAGAGAGAAAGAGUGGCAGAAAAACUUUGAGGAUUCGAGGGAUGGACGUGUGGACAGCUGGCGAAACUUCCAAGCCAAAGGUAAAAGCAAGGAGAAGAAGAACAGGACGUUCCUCAAGCCUCCCAAGGUCAAAAUGGAGCAAAGAGAUUAAUAAUCGUGUGAAGAGAAAAACAAACAAACACACAAACAAACAAACACAAACAAACAAAAAAAACAGAUGUGGAAGUCCAACCAUCUACACCUCCUCUUCUGGGUUUCCCUUCAGGUGUGCAUGUGUAUGUGUGUUGCAGGAAUGUGACACCCUCAGUCCAGCUGAGGGCGCUGUGAAACAACACAUUUAUCUCCUGCAGCCCUGUGUAGUCUUUUCUCAUCUGCUAGGUGGAAAAAGUCGUCCUGUGGCUGGAUGGAAGCUUGUCACUGUUUAAAUACUCUCUGUCGCAGUGAAUUGAGCAGUCAUCACAAUAGUUCCUUCAGGAGCAAUCAGGCUUGUAGUGUCUUGUCUUUUUCUUUCUUUCUUUCUUUUUGUUUUUCAGUAUGUACAUAUGUGAGUUUGAUGUUAAUUGUGCACAUGAGGGGAAAAAAUGCUUUCUUUUUGUCCUUUUUUUUUUUUUUUACCCCGUCACCUAGAAUAAAACUUGUUUGUAGCCUACAGUAAAAUUUAAAGUUGUUCUUGUGUUUUUCUUUUCUUUUUUUUUUUUUUCACAUGGUCUCUCUCCUUUCCUUUCUAACAGAGUUUUGAAAUUUUACUUCAUUAGCACAAGUCAGUAUUGAUGAAACAUUACUAAUAAUUUGGUAUUAUUGGAAUGGAAACCUGUGUAGUAGGGGUAACGAUACAUCACGAUGCAGCAAUGUGCAUUGUGGAAAUGUGCGAUUUAUUUUGUGUAAAUUAUCCCUCUAUUAGUUAUGUAUCGAGUGCAGUUGCACUGUUUGGACAUCCAUAAAAUGAAAAUGUAUGGAGCAUGCUGGUCACAUGAUCUCAUGUUUCACCAUUGCGAAUCAUCUGCGGUUGUGAAGUGACCUGAUAGCGCCUGAUCACAACUCCCAACACUCAUUAUUUGUCAGUCCCUGCAGGAUUUUGUGAUCGCAGAAAUGAGCCCAAAAUCACGGAAACUCCACAAUAUUCGGAGGAGUUUGCGACAAAAUUUCCACAGAUUUUCUGCAGAUUUGGGCCAAGACACGUCAUGUGAUGUCAUCACAACACACAUUCAGUCAAAGCCGUCAUCGAUUCACAUGCAUUGGACAAUAUUACAGCUAAAAUGUGUCAUUUACCAACAAGUAUCACUGUGAAAGGCCGUGGAAAACAAUUUUGUGCGAUUGCAGUUUCGCCAAUUCAAGUAUUUUUCUGCAAAAAAGCACAAAAACUCCACAAAUAAUUUUUUUUAAAACCAGCAGCAAAAUCGAGCAUUUUUGGCCGCAACAAUCACAAAAAAACUGCGAAACACUGUUCAGACUGAUGUGUGUUACACAACCAGGUUAUAAGAGUUAAACAGAGCUCUUAAGUAGCCUUCAGACGACACCAUCGUCGCACCGUGCCCAAAGAAGAGGCUGCACUUUAGCCACCUUUGGAGCUCUAUCUCCAGGGUAAGAUAACGCCUCAGGCGCUGCUACGGAGAGAAUUGAUCAAUUUAUUUAUUUUUAAGAUAACCUGUAGUGCAUUUUGUUUACCAUAUUAAACCUCUGUUCCUAGUCAUUUUUACAUUUACAUUUAUUCACUUAGCAGACGCUUUUAUCCAAAGCGACUUACAAAUGAGAAAGAUAAUUUUUGAUUCAUUUCGUUUCAUCCAGACAAAAAUGCACAUUGUUUUGCCUUCUUUAUUAUUCAGAAUAAAAAAAAGGGAAUCUUUUAAGUCAAAGUUUAUCUUCAUUAAAGUUUUGUUCAAAAUCAUAUUGAAUCGAAUCGUGAAUCCAGUAUCGUGAAUGCAAUCUUGGAGAAUGUAUCGUUACACCCCUACUUCCUAGUGUUGUUGUUUUACAAGCCAGCAGCCAGGGAAUUGUGAGAGAUUUUUAAAUAGUGUUGAGAUUUCUAAUUGAAAUAAAAACAAGAGUGAACACCUUCCACAAAGAGAAGUGGUUAUGUUGACAGAUUUUGUGCAAACAGGAAACAGUUCAUAUGAAGUUGUUUUGAUAAAGUAUGAAGCGUAUAGUGUUGUACCUCUAUUUAAGAUGCUUGAUUUAACAAGGAAAGCACCGUAAAUACAAAUUCUGAGAAAUUAGGGGGGUUUUUUUGUCGUAUUGGUUUCAGUUCUGUUUGCAUCAUGUCCGUUGUGAAAAUGCUUUCUGCA